CCAUGAGCAGUCUUCCGGGUGGGGUUGUCGGGGCAAAUUCUUCGCCGUCAAACUCUCCUACUGUCUUCUCAAAUGGAACCACAGUUUCUUCUGGCGACGAAGGACCUCGCACUCGGAGCAAAGUUACCUCACCCAUCAUCACCACGCCUAAACGUCGAGUACACUACUCGGGUCAAUCUGAUGGCGACGAAGUUACUAUCAGACAAAGAACGGCUAGUAUUGUGAACUCGGAAGAUGAUGCCGAACGAAGCACGAGUCCGUCGCGAUACAGUAGAUCGUUUAAUUCGAGAACUUCGCCUCGACACUACUCUAGCUAUAGUUCUCGGAAGUUUAAUUCGAGUGUAUCUUCGGGAUAUUUUACGGCCGAUUCGGAGGAUGAAAAUUUUGUCCGUGAUUUCGACAAUUAUGAAGUGAAAGAUAUCACGCUGGAGUUUUUCUAUAAACCACACUCGCUCACACUUUUAGCUGUAUCUCUGACGAUUCUGUUCGCUGUGAGCUGGUACAGGGACGACUCAAAUGAAGUGCUAAACUUGAGUCGUGGAUUCAUAACCAUGGGCUCCUUUUUCGUCCUCGGUCUCAGUAUUUUAGUGUUCCCAAAUGGACCCUUUGUGCGUCCCCACCCAGCCAUCUGGCGCAUAGUGUUUGGGGCUUCGAUGUUGUACCUGUGUGCACUGGUGUUCAUGGUGAACCUUACCAAAAGACAGAUCCAGGGUAUCAUCAACUACUUCGACUCAUCAAUCGACUUCAAUCACCUCGACGAAAAGGAGUACGCAGUGGACUGCUGGAACCUUCGUUGGGACGCCAUCAAAGGCAGACUGGACGUGUUUGUAUUAGCCCACUUUCUAGGCUACGUGUCUAAGGCGGUGAUGAUGAGGAGCAGUGCUCUCUGUUGGACCAUCAGUAUCAUGUGGGAGAUCACUGAGAUGUUGUUCAUGCAUGUGCUGCCUAAUUUCGAAGAGUGUCUUUGGGACCAGUUGAUUCUGGACGUGGUGCUGUGCAACGGCUUCGGCAUCUUCAUAGGCAUGCGAGUGUGCACUCUGCUGGAGAUGGGCGAAUACAACUGGGAGAGCAUCAAAUACAUCAACAGUGCCAGUGGCAAGAUGAAGAGAGCACUGUUUCAGUUCACGCCCAUGUCUUGGACCAGAGUGCAAUGGUUCGACACACCUUCCACUAGAAGACCAAACAGCAAAUAUUCCAGGUCUGUGUCACCUGUCAAGAGGUCUCAUUACAGUGCAACUUCCUACUCCAAUAAUGAAAACGGCAACGGGGGUGUUAAUGGUGCUGGCAACGGGGAUGAGAGUUACGGGACUAGGCUGUCUCAGAUGGCACGUGACCCGCAGUACGUGUGGAACAGAAUCAUGCUAGUCUUCAUCAUUCUACUUUUGUGUCAAAUAACUGAGCUGAACUGUUUCUGUCUGAAACACAUCUUUAGGAUCCCCACAGAGCACGUGUUUAACUGGGGUCGUCUCGUCCUCCUCGGGUUCUGUGUAUGUCCCACUGUCAGACAGUACUACACAUAUACCACGGAUGUCAGGUGUAACCGUCUGGGAACGCAAGCGUGGGUGUUCAUUGCAAUCACAGCAGUCGAGUUGUUCGGAGUGGCUAGAUUCGGCUGGGACGAAAUAUUUGCUGUUGUGCGACCAUUGCACGUAGUCUACUGGCUCGCUCUCCAGCUACUGGCCGCAAUCAUGUGUGUAUAUUCUAUGAUACUCUAUAACAAAUAUUUUCUAGUUACUCUCUCCAAAACGAAAUCCAAAUUGAAAAAGCUUCGAAGCAAGUAAAACUUGAAAGAAGUCUAAUUUAAGUAUUCAAUCAUCUAUAUUAAUCGUAGUUUGCAAUUGCGGUCUUAACUUUUCCUUAAAAUCUCUGUCAAAAAGAAAACAUGAGAUAUUGAUUUUCUGGGGCUUCGCGAGCGUCUUUUAGCGUCUUUUCUUGCUUUCAUGCUAACUUGGCAAAAGGCUAAUUUAUUUUAGAAGCUCAAAAAUUGAUUUGAAAAUUAGCGACAUGAUAUCGUAUCAUGGCAAAAGUAAGACCUGAAUGAAUUUAUUAACUUAUUCAGUAUAAUUGCAGCUUUCAUACUUCUAAUUUAUUGCUGCCGCUUACUCUUAUCUUGUAUUCUCAUUUCAUUUUAAGUAUCAAGAUGUGCAAUAAUUGCAUUGUGCUGUAAUUUAUCGUCUAUUUAUUUAAUUUAUUGCUCAGU